AUAUAAGACAACGUGAAAAUUUUUCAAGAACGUUCCGAGUGAUCAAGUCAUAUCUCGGUGAUCAAGCACUAGAUCGCACAAUAGUUGCAUUUACAAAUCUCACUAAAAAACAAACAGAAUAUCCACAAUUCCAAGAAACUCUGCCAAGAAAUGCGGGAACUUUUGACUUCUCUACGUUUAACGAAAUUAGAAACGCGGAGGAUAGAGAAGCAGAAGCCCGUAACGCGGCAGGUGCAGGCUGUUUCAAGCUUGAUACCGAGGUCAUGCUUAUAAAUAGAAAAGUUGUUCCAAUGUCUUCGGUUCGCGUUGGAGAUCAAGUGUGCUGUGGUGCAAUAAAUGGGACGUUAAAGUUUUCGAAAGUUUAUUUAAUCGCUCAUCGUAGCUUUGAAGCUGAAACAAUAUUUUUAAAGGUUGAAUUUAGAGCGCUUGAUGGAACCGAAGGCAACUUAGAAAACUUGAUGAGAUCUGAGAGAUAUCCCAGGCUUCAAGUUCUAAUUGGCACUCGACUACUUCAAGCCUAUGUUUUAACUUGUACUAGAGAAACACAUGAAGGAUACAUUGCACUUUUUACAAUGUCUGGUACAAUCGUUGCAAACAAUGUUCUUUGUUCCUGUUACGCCGUUUGUCCACCAUAUCAAAAAAUCAUUCACUUUUUGCUUUUUCCGCUUCGGCUUUCGGCCAAAGUAUAUACUAGUAAUAAUGAAAAAUAUACUAGUAAUAAUGGAGAAGUUCACAA